UCCUCCAAACCAGUCAGUCUUGCCUCCGUCUCUCUUCCUCCUCUGUACAGUUGCAGAGCAUCAGACCAUGGAUCUUGUAAGCCCUCUGAUGAACAUCUUGGCUAGCUUGAUUCAACCAUUGGCUACAGAGAUAAGCUCUCUGUUAAAUUUGGAAAAAAAGGUUGAUACCCUGACAAAACAGACAGAGGAACUGUUACAGAAAAGAGAAGACAUGAAGGAGGAGGUCAACGCAGCCCGAGAUAUGCCAGUAAGAAGUGCAAAUCAGUUGCUCCGGUGGAUACAAAGGGUAGAAGACAUUGAACGUGAAGUAAAUUCCAUCAAAGAAGAUCUCCAAAACAGAAGGGCAUGUUUUUGGGGUGUGUGUCAUGUGAAUUGUUAUUCAAGCUACAAGAUCGGGAAGAGAGUUGCAGAGAAGUUGAGUGAUGUGAAUAAAUUGAUCAGCAAAGGAGAAUUUGAAAUUGCUAAUGUUUCUCGUCCUGUUCGAGUCAAACCAGUACCUAUCAGGCCAUCCGUGGGUCUCGACGAAAUGCUAGUGAAGGUUAGGCAAUUCCUUACAGAAGAUGAAGUUGGAAUUCUUGGAAUCUAUGGCAUGGGAGGUGUUGGGAAAACAACACUUUUGAAGAAAGUCAAUAAUGAGUUUCUUGCAAGAACUCAUGACUUUGAUGUGGUGAUUUGGGUUGUGGUGUCUAGUGAUUAUUUUGUGGAGAAGAUACAGAAGGCUAUAACAGUUAGACUGGGCUUGCCUUGGGAAGAAACAGAAAGCCAAGACGAUCGAGCCAUGGAGAUAUUCUCAGUCCUAAGUACAAAGAAGUUCAUCUUAUUGUUAGAUGAUGUAUGGAAAAGAUUGGACCUUGAGAAGAUCGGGAUUCCUCUUCCCGACGAGACUAACAAGUGCAAGGUCAUAUUCACUACAAGGACCAUCGAUGUAUGCAAUGAUAUGGAUGCUAAAAGGAAACUGAAAGUGGAGUUCUUGAAUGAAGAUGAAGCAAAAUUACUCUUCCAAGAGAAGGUAGGUAACAAGGAAUUGUUAAAUUCUCCAUCCAUAAGACCUCUUGCUGAGGCUAUUAUCAGAAAAUGUGGUGGAUUACCACUUGCAUUAGUCACAACUGGGAGGGCCAUGGCCAACAAGAAGACAAAGGAAGAAUGGGAGCAUGCAAGGCAAGUACUUGAGGAUUCACCAUCAGAACUUCGAGGUAUGGAAGAUGUCUUCACUCACUUGAAACUAAGUUAUGAUAAUUUGCGAGAUGAUACCUUGAAAGCAUGUCUGCUGUAUUGUUCCUUAUUCUCAGAGGAUUACUCUAUUGAGAAAGAACAGUUAAUUGAAUAUUGGAUUGGGGAAGGGUAUUUGGAUGGAUGUGAUAAAAAAUAUUCAAUUGCCCAUAACAAGGGACAUGCUAUUAUUGGAUCCCUUAAGGAUGCAUGUCUGUUGGAAACUGGUGAAGAGAAAACACAGGUAAAGAUGCACGAUGUCGUUCGUGGUUUUGCAUUGUGGAUAGCAUCUGAAAAUGGGACAAGACAGUAUAAAUUUCUUGUACAGGCAAGAGUUGGAUUAACUGAAGCACCUGGAGUUGAGAGAUGGAACGAGACGGAGAGGAUAUCAUUAUUGGAUAAUGAAAUUAACAGAUUAACCCAAGUACCAGAUUGCCCAAAUUUGUUGACCUUGCUGCUCCAAUGGAAUGUUGGUUUGAACAGGGUAUCUGAUGGUUUCUUCAGGUACAUGCCCAGUCUCAGGGUCUUGGAUCUAUCAUUCACUAAUCUUAGAGAGAUUCCAGUGGAUAUAGGCGAUUUGGUUGAGCUUUGUCAUCUUGAUUUAUCAGGGACUAAACUAACAGGAUUGCCCAGAGAGUUGGGAAAGUUGGCAAAGUUAAGGCAUUUGGAUCUACUACGAACACAUUACCUCAGAACAAUUCCAACUGAGGCCAUAUCCAAACUUUCCUUACUGCAAGUGCUGAAUCUGUACUAUAGUUAUGGAAAUUGGAAUGCAGAUAGUUCUGAAGACGACAGAAUUUGUUUUGAGGAUUUGGAGCAGUUGACGCACCUGACUAGUCUUGGGAUCACAGUAACCGAAAGUGGCACUCUCCAUGGGCUCUCCCGCUUAGAAAGGUUACGAAGACUCAUACAGUACUUAUAUGUCAAGGAGUGUGAAGGUUUGAUUUGUUUGCCACUGACAUCAACUUCUGGCAAUGCUCAGAACCUACGAAGACUUAGAGUGCGUUUGGUAACUAUAAAUAACUGCUAUGAUUUGGAGGAGUUGGCAAUUGAUGUGGAGAUUGGAGAGAAUUGGCUCCCAAACCUAGAGCUUCUUGCCUUACAUGGCCUUCCCAACUUAACCACUAUAUGGAGGAAUCAAGUGACUAGCAGAUGCCUUCAGAAUCUUCGGUCCAUAAACAUCUGGCAUUGUGAUAAAUUGAAAGAUGUUACAUGGGUUUCACAACUUCAAUGCCUAGAAGUCAUUUAUUUAUUCUACUGCAAGGGUGUUGAACAAAUUGUAUGUGGAACUGAAGUGGAGGAAUCAACUGCCUUCCCAAGACUAAGAACCAUAUCCAUACGUGACCUUCCAGCACUAAAGAGUAUCAACCAACAUGCAUUGGAUUUCCCUUCCUUGGAGACUAUCGCAGUUAUAGGGUGUCCAAAGCUGACGAAGCUCCCGCUCAAAGUCGUCAAUGCCUUGUCAUUACCUACAAUCUAUGGAAAGGAGGAGUGGUGGUCUGGAUUGGAGUGGGAUAACAAAGCUCUAAAGUCUGCCUUUGCUACCCACUUCAUUCCUGUUUGAUGUUAUGUUUUCAUUAUUCGAGAACUUGCUGAGUGACUCAUGAUUCAUUGAGGUAAGGAACUUUCCCAGGGAAGCAGAUUCAAAGUUGUCAUUCAGGAUAGUAAGGAACAGGGUGUAGUGUAGCCUGGAGGGGAUGAUCAUGCUCACAAUGCUUUCUUGACAUCAACCUAAGAGACCAUGAUUUUGUUAGGUCAUGAGGCAAGUUUCUUUGUAAUAU